GAUGUUGAAAAGCCAUUGUUUACCUUCUGUGAGGAGGAGCCGCGUCAUUGGGUGUACUGUAUCUUUAAAUGUGGCGGGCUGCCCUGUUGUUGCUGUACAGGAAACCCCGUACUGACUCUGAAGGGGCCCAAGAUGGCGGAAUACUCUCGGGAGGCAGUUAGCAAAUAACUGAGCCAGACGUCGCCAAUGAAUGGCAAACAGCCCUGAAAUGUAAAGCGUUGCUCCGUGGUAAUUUCACGACUCCACUUUGUUGCGCUGCACAGUCCUCGGGAUGCAUAUAUACGUGUGAGGGGAGAGUUGUCUCUCCGCGGCCCCGAGCCAGAACAUGGCGGAACACUCGGGGAAGAAAUAGCGAGCUAACGCUAGUAUAGGCGUAUUAUUCAGACACGCGCUGUCUAUUGGACUCGUUCGGACGACACGUUUCUCCGGUAAACGAGUGGGAAAUAAUGUUAACGCUGCGCAAUUUCUGCAUGAACUCCACGAAUGGAUUUCCUCCCAGGUGAUACGUGCAGCGUUCGUAGUUAGCUUCGAGCUAGGUGAAGUGGCUAAUGUUUUCCGCAAGUGGACAAGCUGUUCUCAGAAGCGGGCAUCAGAGAAACAUUGUAAAAAACGUGUGAAUUGUGAGUCCACUACGGCUGUAUUUUUUUUAAAAUUACAUUUUCUUUGUCGGUGUUUUAAGUUGCUAGUGUAAAACAGUUUAGUUCGAUGCUCACAAUGGUCUUCGUGUCGAGACGUGUUUCAUGUUCGAAGUAGUGGAACUUUGAUGGUUAUACUUGCUGGCGUUGGUUCUACUGAGUGCUCGUCAUCUGGGAGUGUUAGUGAAUUGAAGUUGUGGCGUUGCUAGACACACUGUAAGAACCAAGACGAGCCAGAAGGAAAGGGGGCCGUGUACAUCCACCUGCCAGGAUGACGGACACCCGCCGAAGAGUCAAAGUCUAUACCCUCAACGAGGACAGACAGUGGGACGACCGCGGGACAGGACACGUCUCUUCGGGUUAUGUGGAGCGUCUGAAAGGCACUUCUCUUCUCGUCAGAGCAGAAAGUGAUGGUUCUUUGCUGCUGGAGUCUAAAAUCAACCCAAACACAGCCUACCAGAAGCAACAAGAUACGUUGAUAGUGUGGUCUGAAGCUGAAAAUUAUGACCUGGCUCUAAGUUUCCAAGAGAAAGCUGGCUGUGAUGAAAUCUGGGAAAAAAUAUGUCAGGUUCAGGGAAAGGACCCUUCCGUGGACAUCACUCAAGAUGUGGUUGACGAGUCCGAAGAGGAGCGCUUCGAUGACAUGUCCUCCCCUGGUCUGGAGUUACCCCCAUGUGAACUGAGCCGCUUGGAGGACUUGGCUGAGCUAGUUGCUUCCUCGUUACCAUCUCCGCUACGGCGCGAAAAACUGGCCCUGGCAGUGGAGAACGAAGGCUAUAUUCGCAAGCUGCUGGAACUAUUCCGUGUUUGCGAGGACUUGGAGAACAGAGAGGGGCUACACCACUUGUACGAAAUCAUUAAAGGCAUAUUCCUGCUCAAUCGCACUGCACUCUUUGAGGUCAUGUUCUCGGAGGAGUGUAUCAUGGACGUUAUUGGUUGUCUGGAGUUUGACCCAGCGCUCCCUCAGCCGCGGCGACAUCGGGAAUUUCUCACAAAGACUGCCAGAUUUAAGGAGGUGAUCCCCAUCUCUGACCCGGAACUGCGUCAGAAAAUACACCAGACUUAUAGAGUGCAGUACAUUCAGGACAUGGUGCUGCCCACUCCCUCUGUUUUUGAGGAGAAUAUGCUGUCCACCCUGCACUCCUUCAUCUUCUUCAACAAGGUGGAGAUCGUGGGCAUGCUGCAGGACGAUGAGAAAUUCCUGACAGACCUUUUUGCACAGCUAACAGAUGAAGCGACGGAAGACGACAAAAGACAUGAACUGGUCAACUUCCUCAAGGAAUUCUGCGCAUUCUCACAAACGCUACAACCUCAAAACAGAGACGCCUUUUUCAAGACACUGUCAAACAUGGGCAUUCUACCUGCACUGGAGGUCAUCCUGGGAAUGGAUGACGUUCAGGUGCGCGGGGCAGCCACUGAUAUCUUCUCUUAUCUGGUGGAGUACAACCCGUCCAUGGUACGAGAGUUUGUGAUGCAGGAGUCUCAGCAAAAUGAUGACGAUAUCCUUCUGAUCAACCUCAUCAUAGAGCACAUGAUCUGUGAUACUGAUCCAGAAUUAGGUGGGGCGGUGCAGCUCAUGGGCCUUCUCAGAACUCUGGUGGACCCAGAGAACAUGCUGGCUACUGCAAACAAAACUGAAAAGACUGAGUUCUUAAGCUUCUUUUACAAGCACUGCAUGCACGUCCUCUCGGCUCCGCUGCUGGCCAACACCACAGAAGAGAAGCCCAGCAAAGGUACACGAGGCGGUUUGUUUUUGAGACGCACUGAUGAAGCUUGCUUAUGUUUAUCAUGGUUUCUCCAUCUCUCAGAUGAUUUCCAGACGUCCCAGUUGUUGGCUUUGAUUUUGGAAUUGCUGACCUUCUGUGUUGAGCAUCACACCUACCACAUAAAGAACUACAUCAUCAACAAGGACAUCCUCAGGAGGGUCUUGGUGCUCACCGCCUCUCAGCACGCCUUCCUGGCACUCUGUGCUCUGCGCUUCAUGCGGAGGAUCAUCGGUUUGAAGGAUGAAUUCUACAAUCGCUACAUUAUGCGGAACUUUUUGUUUGAGCCGGUCGUCAAGGCCUUUCUGAACAACGGCUCGCGUUACAAUCUCAUGAACUCGGCCAUCAUCGAGAUGUUUGAAUAUGUCCGUGUGGAGGAUGUGAAAUCUCUAACGGCUCAUAUAGUAGAAAAUUACUGGAAGGCUCUGGAAGACGUGGACUAUGUUCAGACAUUCAAAGGCUUGAAGCUGCGUUACGAGCAACAACGAGAACGGCAGGACAACCCCAAGUUAGACAGCAUGCGCUCCAUCCUGAGGAACCACCGCUUUCGGCGUGACGCCCGGACACUGGAGGACGAGGAGGAAAUGUGGUUCAACACGGAUGAGGACGACCUGGAAGACGGCGAGGCUGUGGUUCCUCCCUCAGACAAGAUGAAGAGCGAGGAAGACCUCAUGGAGCCGAUCAGCAAAUUCAUGGAGAGGAAGAAAUUGAAAGACCCAGAAGAUAAGGAAAUGCUGGGGAAGUCCAGCCUGCCGAGCCGACAGAAUCCCAGCUUCAAGCUCUCUUUCUCUGGUUCGACGAAAACCAGCCUGUCCAGCCCUCCGUCUGCCUCACUCAACCCUGGCUCUCCGGGCUCACCGGGGUCUCCCGGCUCAGGAGUACGUAGCUCGCCCUCCACCACAGCUGUUACCACGAAGGGGGGGCUGGUGGGACUGGUGGACUAUCCCGACGACGACGAUGAGGACGAAGAUGAUGAGGAGGAUGGGGAGAGUAAAGAGGAGAGUCUGCCUCCGACAAAGAAACCCAAGCUCAACUCCUAAAGGCUCCUCGGCCUCCGAGCAGAGACUUGUCACAGGAAUGAUGUAAACAGAGUGAAUGAAUGAAGCCACAUCUGGCUGGAGGUCAGAGGAGGAGCGGACUGAAUGGAUUGGAGCUCACCUCUGACCGGUCCAGUUCAUACAAGUGCCAAUCAGCAGACCAGGAGAGAGAGACGUCUGAGAUGUAAACAAACACGUUGGACGUCGAAGGGGAGGGGCGAGGUCGCCCCCGCAGGACCUUCAGCUCGCUCACUCGUUCGGUUGGUCGGAGAAAUAGACCACAAACAAAUAAACACAUCUGAAGUUCCGGAGAGCUCGUGGGCCUGGACCAUAACCCACUCCCCCCGACCCCCACUCAGGGAAGGACAUCACCGUGACCCCAGUAGGUCAGCCAAUUCAGACCCAGAACCACCGUGUGCACCCACUUCAGAAGCCUCUUCCUGUUCUUUUUCCACCUGUUCAUUUCUCUGCUCUAUCUCCACCUCCUCCUCCUCCUCCUCUGUUGCUUUGUGUCCCUCUUUUAAGUUAGUACUAGGACCAGACGGGAGAUGGCAUGUGGCGCGGAGCUGUCUGUGUUGUCGUUUGAUGAUGUCAUCAGUGUCUUCGUUCGACAUUGUUUCUCUGAAGAGAAAAAAAAAAGCCAGCAGUUUCUUCAUAUGUUCAUUUUACUCUUUAUUUGUCUUCUCCAGUUUUUUGUAAAAGACAACAGAAAAAAAGACCUGCCUUUAAAUGUUCAGGAUGUUUUCAGUCACACUUGAACAGGUUUUUAAAGACCUCAGUAGGUGAGCUAGUUUUACCCUUUUUGCCCUUUGAAACUGCAGAUUUUUUGGAGAAUUUGUAAUCCCGUCUUGAUUAAAGAUUGAGUGGAAUUCUAGAUGUGAUGAAUUUUGUCAUAUCUUCUCAUUUUCUUUCCUUUUACAUGAGUGUACACUUAGUUGUUCGAAAUAUUUGGGACCAUUAAAAUCUUUGCUGUAAGGCGUCCUGCUAGCCUUUUGUUCGAUCCAGCCUUUCCUUCCUGCGUGUUUUCCACCAGUUCUUUUGUCUCUUGCAUCACUGGCUAUUUUUCAUUGUCCCUCACGUGUCCAGACUCUCGCAGCUGCUCUGCGUGCUGUCCGCUAGGUGGCACCGUUGUUCCGUCAAGUACAGGUCCAGGCGUUUGUUGCGCUCGCCUCUUGCUCCUGCAACUUCACUGUGUCUCAUGUUACACUCACUACCUGAUCAAUGAACGCCUGAGGCUGUGAUAUUGCUGUGAAGUGGUGGCCUGAGUUGUGGACAGCAUUUUUUUUCUCAGUGUGGAGUCAGGGUUUUUCUCAGACUUAUUUCAGCAACACACAUUGUUUUUGAACUGAAGGCAGAAAACAAGACCCUGGAGCAAGUGCUCUAUGAAGUGGUGAUGACUGGGUUGAGUAGCUCGAUUAACUGAGACUCAUGAGUCAGAUGAGAUCGUUUGAAAGUGCUUUAUGAUCAGGAACAUCCCAUUAUCCGACGCAGCCAUCCCUCUGACUUGGGAAUGUCUCGUCACUCUUAAAAGAAGUGGCUGAUUCCACCUUGUAAAUAAGGACAACAAUGGCACUGAAAAGUGGUGAAAUAUGAUUUUCUGCUUGCCAUUCUGCUUUCUAGAGAAUUUAAAAUGGGAAGUACUGUACCUUUAAUACCUGAAGAUGAGAACCUGAAGUGUUUUCUUUUGAAGGAGCUGCAGCCAGAUGCAAAUUCUUAUUAAUAUACAUGUAUUUUUGCUCAUGAAAUGCCUUAAUAAGAGCAAAUAACAGAGUUUGUUUUGGGCUCCCUCUAGUGACGCUGUAUGACCUCGCUGCUCCAGGUAGCCUCGGACUGGCCUGUGUGUGUGGCCUGUGCUUGGCACAAGUGUCAGUUCAGUUUUAGGUGAUAUCUGCAUCUAAUGAUGGUUUAGUCUGUAGACCGAUGAAGGUAGAGUAACUUUUGCCUCGGAACAGAAACUGUUUUGCCAUGGUGAAGACGGAUUGGAUUCCGUUUUCUGAAAAUAAUACUCAGCCGAGUUAUGAAUCUCAGAUUACUGAAGAUGCUUCAUGUCUGUUUCCAUGUGUUGCUGGUUUUCUCACUUUCAUAUCUGACCCAUGAACUUUUGGGCAAUGCCCUUAUCAAAGAUGUCUGAGUGUUGCCUGAAACUCCUUUUUUUUAAAUUUCACCAUUUUCAAGUCAAACCGGACCUGUGGUCCCCACAGAGGGGGCAAACAGAAAAACAAACACCGGGACUGCGUUGUCCGUCCAAGACGCUCUUCAAACAUGGAUUAUUAAUUAAAAAGCAAACAGAAGCGAGUCCCCCGGCGGCCACGACGCCUAUUAAGACUCCAUUCAGAGGAAAGCUGUCUGUGGACGACAGCGGCUUUUCCCUGCCAGUCUGUGUUUGCCCCUCAGCAGGAGCGUGGCGGCAUGUGUGUUGCUGCGUGUGUGUGAUCUGUGCCACCGCGGUUCCUGCUCCGCCGACCUCUGCCCGCCCGCCUGCGCGUCUGCCAGGUUGAAGAGUGACCGUCGGGGGACGUCGCCGCCCGGCCUCCUGCUGGGCCAAUGAAAAGCCUGCUUGACAGCUCCAUUGACUGGCUCGCAUCCCCGAACAUCACGUCUGGCACCGAGAGGCUGCUGUCUAUUCAGGAGUGACAGUCGCAUGGCGACGAGCAGAGCAGACAGGACAGUGUGGCGACAGCAGUGGGAUGUAUGCGUGUCAAAAAAACUUCUCCGACUUUCACUUCACUGACCCUUUUAUUUGGUAGUUUGGUAGUUAUUUUUACGCUCUCUCUUGCCAAAUAUCACUCUCUCCUGACCCAGUUUCACCCCAGAGAGGUCAAGAGCAAGUCCUCGACUAGUGGCGGGGUUCUGUUACUGCGUCGCAAGUUGGACUGAGUGAAGCCUGUAAAUACCAUGAAAUAAAAAACCUGGUAGACAGUGUCGGUGCAAAGGUGUCCGGGCGAUGGCGACACACCAGGCAGUCGCGAUGCAACUGUUUUUGGAACUUUUCAUGUAAAAAUGAAACUUAAAAUGAAGGAUGCGAUGGUU